AUGAGAGGGAAUAGUUUAAUCCAGUUGUUCUUGGGCCGCUGUUUGCUGAAGAGUGAAGGUCUGAGACGAUUAACGUUAUAUGAAUAUCAGAAGAGGAAACUGCAAGUGGAUAACACGAGCAAAAUAAGCUUAAAACCAUGUGGUUCGACACUUUCCUUCGCUAACAACGCUGAAGAUGAGCAGGAAACUAUCACCAAGAAGUCGAAACAAUUUAAGUCCAAAGUGCAGUUUAAAGAGAAGUCUUGCUUUGAAGGUAUUGUUGCGAUUCAAAACAUUAGUACGGGAAUUGUUGUUGUGGUUGGUGGCAGGCGGUGGCAGGCGGUGGCAGGUGGUCGGCGGCUGGUGGUCGGUGACGCGGAACAGACAGCGAGAUGCAAUAAAACUUUCGCCGCAAUGCUGAUGUUCCCGUUCAAUAAAUUAUCAAAUCUUUCAUGGAUGCUAUUAUAA